AUGGAUAUCGAAGGUGAGGUGCUGGAGAAAAAAGCAAUUAAGAUCAAUGAUGAAGCUGGUGAAUAUGCUGUCCAAGCUUUGGCCAGUGGAGCAGCCGAUCCUGUUGCGGCGAAGAAGGUCUUACGGAAGAUUGACUUGUAUCUGCUCCCAUUGCUUUGUGUCACGUUUGGCCUGCAAUUCAUUGACAAACUCACAUUGAGUGUCUCUUCUGUUUUCGGUAUUAUUCAAGAUAACAAACUUGUCGGCCAACAGUUCUCGUGGGCAUCCUCCAUCUUCUUCUUCGGCUUCUUGUUCGCAGAAUAUCCUGGUGUUGCUUUGAUGCAGCGCUUCCCGAUUGCUAAGUUUCUUGGCGGUAAUGUUGCUUUUUGGGGCAUUUUGCUUAUGAUCACUGCAUCGACGAGCUCAUUUGCGGGACUGGCAACUUGUCGAUUCUUCCUCGGUGCCUUUGAGGCAACGAUUGCUCCCGGCUUUGUCACACUCACCAGCACUUGGUAUACCCAACAGGAACAGGCUUCGCGAGCUUCUAUAUGGGUUGCAACCCUUGGCAUCUUCAGCACUAUCAAUGGUAUCGUUACCUUUGGCAUCGGUCAUAUCACCGGUUCCCUGAGUCCGUGGAAGUAUAUCUUCCUUAUACUUGGUGCCAUCACUUUUCUUUGGGGCCUCGUAUUUCUUUACGUUGUCCCUGACAACCCGGCCACGAGCAGGUGGUUGUCGGACAACGAGAAGGUUACAGCUCUACAACGUGUCGUGGACAAUAAGGCUGGUACGAAAACCAAGGAAAUAGAUCGUUCCCAAAUCCGUGAGGCUUUUACCGAUAUCAAGAUCUGGCUGAUUGCUUUGAUUGCAUUCUGCAAUGCCUUCUGCGGUGGUGCACUUACAUUCCAAAGCUUAAUUAUGAAGGGUUUCGGAUUUACAUCUCUUCAAGUGGCUCUGCUCAACAUGCCAUAUGGUGUAUUUCAGGCUGGCUUCGGUCUCAUUGCCGGCUACGUCGUACACAAGGUGCCAAAUUCUAGAUUGUUUGUGAUGUCUGUCUCACAGAUCCCACCCAUCAUUGGUACUGUUCUCAUCAACCAAUUGAAUACAUCAAACAGCUGGGGUCGUCUAGCUGGUAUCUGGCUUAUCUCGAGCUUCAGUGUCGGUUACCAAAUCAACUUAGGAUUGAUGGCAUCAAAUAUUGCAGGAAGCACCAAGAGAACUUUUGCAUCGGGGUUGAUAUUCGUGAUCUACUGCGCUGGUCAGAUUUCCGGACCGCAAGCCUUCAAGACAAGCGAGGCACCGGGCUAUCGCCAUGGCGUCAUAGCAAUUUUGGUGGUGUUCUCAUUGCACCUUCUUCUACCCCUCGUACUCCGGGCAGUGUAUGUGAUGGAGAAUAAGAAGAGAGACAAAGCCCUGGAGGGCAAGACUGCGGCAGAAGUCGAGGCUCUCAACCGAGAGUGCAACAUCCUGGCUUUCGAGGGUGCCUCCGAUGGCCAGAAUGCUAUGUUUCGCUAUGCAAUUUGA